GAAUGAGCUAGAAAAUUUUUUGCCAAAAAAAUGAAAAUAAUUUGGCUCACGUUUCGACGAGAGCUAGAAACGUUAUGUGGCAGCCAUUUUUAACAAAAAUCUGAGGGAGGAGGGACCAAAUUGAAAUAAUGAGUUUCUUUGGUUUCGGCCAAAGUGCCGAAGUGGACAUCCUGUUAGAUGGACAAGAUUCAAGAAAGACAGCUGAGAUAAAAACCGAAGAUGGUAAAAAAGAAAGAUAUUAUUUGUACUACGACGGAGAGACUGUGUCCGGAAAGGUGAAUGUAAAUCUGAAAAAAGCUGGCAGUAAAAUGGAACACCAAGGAAUCAAAAUAGAGUUUAUAGGACAAAUAGAAUUAUAUUACGACAGAGGUAAUCAUCAUGAAUUCACAUCUCUCGUCAAGGAACUGGCACGGCCGGGGGAAAUGUCACAGAAUACCAGCUUUAACUUUGAAUUUCAACAAGUGGAAAAACCAUACGAAUCUUACACUGGUGCUAAUGUUAGAUUACGGUAUUUUCUGAGAGUAACAAUUGUGAAGAGACUUAGUGAUUAUGUUAAGGAACAGGAUAUUGUAGUACAUACACUGUCACAGUAUCCGGAAAUGAACUCCAGUAUCAAGAUGGAAGUAGGAAUUGAAGAUUGUUUACAUAUAGAAUUUGAAUAUAACAAAUCCAAGUAUCAUUUAAAAGAUGUGAUAGUGGGAAAGAUUUACUUUCUACUGGUGAGAAUUAAAAUCAAACACAUGGAAAUACAGAUUAUAAAAAGGGAGAGCACUGGCACAGGUCCAAAUACAUUUAAUGAGAAUGAAACUAUAGCAAAAUAUGAAAUAAUGGAUGGGGCACCUGUCAGAGGUGAAUCAAUACCAAUCCGAUUGUUUCUCAGUGGUUACGAGUUAACACCAACAAUGAAGGAUAUAAACAAGAAGUUUUCUGUAAGAUAUUACCUUAAUCUUGUACUGGUUGAUGAGGAGGAAAGGAGAUAUUUUAAACAACAGGAAAUUACAAUAUUUAGAAAGGCGGACAAGCAAAGAAAACCGGGAACCGGGUACCAGACACAUCGCUCUAUGAUGCAACAUACCACACAACCUCAAAAGGAACCAGAACAAGCCAAUUCAGACAGCAAGGAGGAAAAAGAAUGAUACUUGUCCUCAGUCACAUUUUGAUGACAAUAUAUACAUUUGUUAAAAACCAGUUAAGGGGUGUUGCAAUAAGGGAUUUCCCUAUACAGUGCAGUAGUGCUAAAAAAAUCUCCUAUUAAAGCUUACAUGGUGGAGAAUUUUCUUUGAAUUUUACUUUGAAAAAAAAAAAAUGAUGCUUUCAUAAAAUAAGAGAAACAUUAGUGAAAGUGUUUCGUAUAUUUCAUCUUAACAAGCAUAUCAUGUGUUUACCUGGAAAGAUUUUUUUUCUCAUUUUUUUUAUUCAUUCCUGUUUAUUUUUGAUAUGCUUAAUUGAAGAAUAAAAAGAAUGGAAAAAGUGUUUAGCUAAUAAGUGAACUUUUUUGUUGUUAAAAUGAGAAUCUAGAGUUAUUUCUACACAAAAGUGCUGUUAUAGGGGUUAUACCCAGCUGUGAGAAAGCUCAGUGUUGUAUUAACACCUUCAGAUUACUGUUAAACCAGCUCUUAAGUGUUUGAGGUGCAGUGUAAUUGCAAUAUUCCAGAGGGGGCAUAUUUAGAGAUAAAUAGUAGCUGUGAUUUGUUUGUAGAUUUUCUUGAUUUGAGCUGCGUCAUGAGAAAACCAACAUAGUGUGUUUGCAACCAGCGUGGAUCCAGACCAGCUUGUGCAUCUGCACAGUCUGAUCAGGAUCCAUGCUGUUCACUUUCAAAGACUAUUGCAAUUAGAGAAACCGUUAGUGAACAGCAUGGAUCCUGACGAGACUGCGCGGAUGCGCAGGCUGGUCUGGAUCCAUGCUGGUCGCAAAUGCACUAUGUUGGUUUUCCUUAUGGUACGGCUCAUUUUGUUUUGUAUUUUGCAAUUGAAAUACAUAAUGUAUAAUUAUGGUCCACAUUUUGUUAACAUAUUUUUCACAUUCAUUUCAUUAUAUAUAUAUAUUUUUUGAACAAAUGAAAUAGCAUGCAGCCCAAGUAUAAGGUAUUUUAUUACUUGCACAAUAUGGAAAUUGUAAACAAAAGAAAACUAGAAACUCUAAAACGGCUUAUAUUGUUGUUUAAGUAUUUUUACAGGAGUAUAUCGAAGGUUAAACGGAAACUGUUGUUACUUGUUUUUUCUUUUCAGUUCAGCGAGAAAUGAUAAGAUUUCUGUUAAGCCCUUGAUGUAUAAUGAUAUGUAGUAAUUUGAGAGGAUUGUCACUUUAUGAAUUAAAUAAAAUUAUCUAUGUUAGAUAUUAUAUAUGUUUUUUUAUUUAAUGUACCAUUUUUAGGUUAAUUACUAGUAUCUAAUACUAAGAGUAUUUACACAAACAUUGUUAAGCCUCCUGCAAACAAAGUUAAGGGGGGUACGACACACAGUCAUUGUGCGAUCCAUUGUGCAAUCAUAUGUUCCAUUGCAAACAAAAAAAGGUACAGACUACUUUCACACUUUCAUGGAUUGUAAUGAAACUUGAUCAACAUAAAGUGAAGAUGUGUAUGUGUCAUACUUUUUUACGCUGUCACUAAGCAUUGUAAAGCGAAAAAAUGAGCUGCACCAUGAGAAAACCAACUUAGUGGGUUUGCGACCAUCAUGGAUUUAGACCAGCCUGCACAUCCGUACAGUCUGGUCAGGAUCUAUCCUGUUCGCUUUCAAAGCCUAAUGGAAUUAGAGAAACUGUUAGCAAACAGCAUGGAUCCUGGCCAGACUGCGCAGAUGUGCAGGCUGGUCUGGAUCCAUGCUGGUCGCAAAUGCACUAUGUUGGUUUUCUCAUGAUGCGGCUCAAAUGUUAAUGUCAUAGUGCAGUAUUAAUGCUGGAAAAAGUAGCUGAAGAAUAGAUUAAUAAACCUAAGUAUAAUCUUUGUGGCAUUAUUUAGAAAUGUCCUAAUAUUCUUUUGUUUUUAAGAUUUUGUGAUCUACUAUGAACAUUUGCCAAUUAGGUUAAAUAUAUAUGCUGUUUAUGAAAGUAAUUUGUUGAAAAAGCACCAGCUUAGAGAAAAUGUUUUCUUGGUAUAAAUGGUACAUGUAUAAGCAUUCCAGUGUUUUUGUACAUAUGGCUGUAUAUUUGCAUGUUGCUGUGUUCAGCAUCUAAUUUUCAUGUAUUUUCUUUGCAAUAGAUUAUACUUUAUAAUCAGUAGGUCAUAUAUUUUGAAUGUGUUGCGGAAAUAGUUUUAAAAAAAAAAACGAGUCAUUACUCAAAACAUAGUCAGAUUAACAUAAACACCUUUCAUUUCACAGAAGUAGUUGCCCAACUAGUUUAGAUGCUAGAAGCUGGUAUUUUAUAUUUUCAAGCUUUGGAUUCUUUAUACACUAGCAGGGCCUGGCCUUUGCGGCUGAGUGGUUAAGGUUGCUCAUCAUCUACCCACUUGCUCAUCACUGUUAAACGCGGUCAGGGUGUAGAAUUCAUUAAUCUUAGGAAGCUGACCAACUGACUCGCAGAAGAUUGGUGGUUCUACCCAGGUGAAUGGAGAUGAUUGAAAUGUUUUUUGAGCGUCGCCUGAUAACUUCGGCCGUAUUUUAAAAGCUGGAAAAUCGCUAAAAAAAUAAAAUUAAAUAACAAUGAAACCAAAGCAAAAGAGUAUUACAGUUUUAUAUGAUGAGAUAUUCCUGGUUACAAUUUCAACUAUUUGACUAUAGGAUGGGUUCUUGAGAAGAGGCCCCAUAUACGUUGUAGUCAUGUCUAGAUUUGAUCUCGAAUUUAGACAAGAACAUUAAUUCAUUCAUGUUAAUCAUUGCUCACAGUUACAUGUACUUACAAACUAAUGAAAGUAAAAAAAACAAAAAAACUGUAAGUGCUGUUGUACAGCUACCAUUAGCCAAUUUGAGCUUUGUAUAUAUUUAUCAUCAUGUUACAUUUAAUAUCAUAUGAUGCACCAAAUUAGACCUAUUAUUUGAGAAUGAGUGUAAGAUUUAUUUGUUAUGUGGAUGUUGUUAAUUAUGGCCAAAACUCAUUGUUUUUCCUUCCCCUUUCUCCCGAAGUUGUUCAGUUUGAAUGCUAACUGAUAUUGAGUGAUUUAUGAAAGAAAAAAAAAACUAAUAAAGUCAAGCCAGCCAAGGGAGUUCUAGUUGAUUAAGUAAGAUUUCUGCUUAAGGUAAGUUGAAAUACAAGCAAAUAGUCCAUAUGUGAAGUUAGUUGGCAGGCUGCUUAUAGCAAGUGGCUGUUUAAUAUAGUAUAUUAUUGUAUUUAAUUUUCCUAGAAGUAUCUUUACUAAUAAUGUUUACAGUGUAACCUGGUUACAUGGCAUUUCAAAUGUGCAGAUACCUCAGCAGUGUCAUCAAAUGAAAUUUCAGUAACGUAAUCUGAGCAACAGCCAUUUAAAUCUUCACAGUGGUGUUUGCUUUAGACAGGUUGCACUGUAUUCCUGAAUUCUAAUGUGUUGAGACGGUUUACUGUAUGUUGGGAGCGAAACAUCCAAAUUAUAGUGGAAGCAUAUUUGUUUAAACUUGCAAUUUUUGUAAUCGAGGGUAUUAAACCCCAUAUAUAUAUGCUAUUGAAGCAGACAUUUCAGAAAAAGUAUUAUUUUUGCUACUAUUCUCUAUGCUAAAUGCUUUUCUGAACAAUAUUGUAACAGUGUGAGUUGAGUUUCUGGUAAUACUAGAUGUAUAAUUCUUGCAGAGAAUGAGUGUGUUUGUUUAAAUCAUGAUGAAGAGAACAUGUUCAUGCUGUAUGUUCAAUAUGGCAUUUGUUGCUGUAUAACGUCAUUGUUAUUUAUAAAUAAAUGAUAAGUACGA